AUGGCAAACACGCAACCAACCGGUCGGGUGACCAGACGCGCUAGAGGCGAGGUUGCUGAAGGUGGAACCGUCAUCCUGGACCCUCCUUUGUCAACCAUUACAGAAGCUCAACAUGCCGCUCAAGACGAAGGGUUAGAAGGCGAAGACGACCCGAAUGAAGACCAUUUAGACGGUGAAGCCUUAGAAGAGGAUAGACGUGAUGAGAUAGCCAAAUCAAUGGACAGUUAUCAUGAAGGUGAAGAAGAAGAACCUGACCUCGACUCUGAAGACUCGACCUUCAACGCAGACGAAUACGAAGAAGGUUCCAAUUCCUCUUCCCCACCAGCUUCUUCUGAUUCGAGCAACUCUUCAGAUGAAAGUUCCAACAAAGAUCCUUCCGACAACGAUUCUUCUUCCUUAAGCUCGUCUGAAGAGUCUUCAGAAAUCUCAAGUGGAUCAGAAGAGUCAAACAAAACGAUCAAAAAGGGAAAGAAACGAGGACAUAAGUCCAUCGAGGCGAUUGAUAAGCUCAUCGCAAAAGCCAUGCGAGCGAGAGAGAAGUCUAAGGGUCUCUUAGAAAAGGAACGAUCAGCUCCUAAAGAUCGAAAGUCUUUAACCAAACACGGAAAACAACCCGCCUCGUCGAAAGUAAAAUCAUCCUACAGUAAGAAGAGCAUAAAGAAAGAAAAUGGUAUAAAGUUUCAAAAAGGUGCUCCCUGCAAAUCCUUAUUACCGACUCUUCAAACUUACUGGGGAGAGGCAAUGAAAAAUCUCUCCGAGAGUGUCCCUCUUACAGUACUCAACCCAACUUUUGUUCAAAAGGACAAAGUCGAGAGCAGGAAGAACCAACCGGCUUCAUCCACGUCAAAAUCUACUCGCAAUAGGGGAUUGGCCCCUCCAUCCAAAUACGCGAUGACCUUCGGUGAAUGGAUUGACGGCAUUACCCUCUUGAGACGCUACUUGAAGAAAACGGAAGCGACAGAGUGUUGGAUGGUUGCAUUACGAUACGAUAUCACAUUCCAAGAACAACUUUUUGGUCACCGAGGGAAAGGCGUUCCUGUUCCAGAUGCAAGCAUUUACGUCGAGAGUUUCGAGAGAGCUGCUAAGGAGAAAGCAACAAGACAAGGGGAGCUUAACUUUGGUAAUGCAAACCCUUAUGCUAAAGGUGCCAGGUUCGAACACCGAGAUCCGAUAACCGGCAUAUGGGAAGAAUCAGCGACUGCUAGGUCUAAGAAACGCACGACCAACUCAUCUCGACAAGGACCAUCAUCCAACAGCAGGAGAGCUCCUCGUUUGCCCAGAGCUCCCCGCCUUCCGGAUAUAAUCAAGAUGCUUCCUCCGUUGCCAAGAGAUCAAAGACCGGAGGAUCGUCAAAGAAGCAACCGUGGAGUGGUCCGUAGAGGCAGAGGUAGUGCGUCUACCGGUAGAGGGAGAUCUCGCCAGCCAGGAAAUGCACACAUGCAUGAGCGUACGGGAUUAUAG